UUCAUUUUGAUCUCAUCCUUCAUCUUUCAUCUUCUAUCUAACCCUCGCGGAUCCUUUUUGUUGCUCGUGAUGACGACAAAGUAUCUCUACUCAUGCUUCCGAGUGUUUUUGGGCGUUAUACUGCAUAGAAGUCCUUUGUCUCUUUUAUCAAACCCCGUUUGAAUAUCUGAUUCUUCUAUAGGAAGAAUCUAUUUUCUUCCUAUUCUUGAAUAGCAUUCAGAGCGCUUCUCCAGAAAGUGCAUUUGAUUGUGAAUGGGACAGCUGCAUGCUAUCUUGUUCAUUGAGGUUUCACUGGUAGGAAACUGUUUCAAUUCAAUCUCAAGAUCAACUAUAAAGAUGCUGAUUUCUAAUUUUAUAUUAUGGGACCACGAAGCACUUGAUUUAGUGGAAUAUUACGAUGAGCUCAAACAGAAAGGAAAAUGCAAUGCUGUCAGAAUAGAAACCAGCAAGGUGCAUGGUAAAGGUGUCUUUUCAAACAUGGAAUUUAAGGAAGGGGAGCUUAUAUUGAAGGAUCAAAUACUUGUAGCUGCUCAGCAUAGUUCUAACAAGGUUGAUUGUUUUGUAUGUAGCUCUUGUUUUCGGUUCGUCGGUUCAGUUGAACUUCAGAUUGGUCGAAAACUCUAUUUGCAAAGUUUGGGGUUGUCAGUUAAAAAGGAGUGCGAUCACCAGAUAUUUUUUAAAGAUGCAGUAGCAUCAUGUUCAUUGGAAUCUCAAAAUGAAGAUGAUUUACUUCUUCAGGAAAAUAGCGAUAAUGCUGGGCAAAGUUCUUGUAGUGAAAACUCUCCCUCGAAGGAGGUUUUGGAGUUGCUAAUGAAUGGCAAACUGUCUUUACCUUUCUCAGAACAAUUUUUGUUACCUCCUAUUGUUCCAUGUCCUGGUGGUUGUGAAGAAGAGCAUUAUUGCAGCAAAGUAUGUGCUGAUUCGGACUGGGAGUCCAUUCAUUCUUUACUAUGCACUGGGAAGAGCUCGGGCUCCUUGUGGCAGGCAGCAGCUGUUAAAUUUACUGAACAUGCAAACAGAACAAAUGACAUCUUCAUACUAGCUGCGAAGGUGAUCUCAUUUGUAAUUUUACGUUAUAGGAGACUGAAGCAAUCACAAUUUGAAAGUAGUAAGAGGUCCAUCUUGCACAAUUCUACGGAUGAUUCUAAUUUUUUUUUGCUUUUGGAGGCUUGGAAGCCAAUUGCAAUGGGAUUUAAAAGAAGGUGGUGGGACUGUAUUGCUUUACCAGAUGAUUUGGAUAAUUGUGAUGAAGCAUUAUUUAGGGAACAAAUACGAGAUAUGGCAUUUUCAUCUCUACAACUUCUCAAGGAAGCCAUCUUCGACAUUGAGUGUGCACCUUUGUUUUCACUUGAAAUAUAUGGCCAUAUUAUUGGCAUGUUUGAACUCAAUAAUCUUGAUCUUGUAGUAGCUUCUCCAGUGGAGGACUACUUCAUAUAUAUUGAUGAUCUUCCAUCGCCACAAAAGGAAAAAGCUGAGUUAACUCUUCCGUUUCUGGAUGCUCUUGGUGAUGAUUAUUCAGAUUUUUGUCAAGGCACUGCAUUCUUCCCCAUACAGAGUUGCAUGAAUCAUUCUUGCUGUCCAAAUGCUAAAGCAUUCAAAAGGGACGAGGACAGGGAUGGGCAAGCAGUAAUAAUUGCAGUCAGCCCAAUCUCAAUUGGAGAAGAGAUUACUAUUUCAUACAUUGAUGAGGACCUUCCGUAUGAGGAGAGACAAGCUCUACUGGCUGAUUAUGGCUUCAAAUGCAGCUGCCGAAAGUGCAGAAAGGAGCAAUUAUUUCGACAGCAGUAACGGUAUUAUUUAUUUUUCUUUGAUGGCCAUCAGAAGAGAUGGAUCAAGAUUUCAGGACAUGGAGGACUGCAAAUUACUAGGUAAAAAAGAACUCUGAAUUGUUGUUGAUCUUAUAGUUUGUUUUGAUGAAUGUGAUAGAUGAAUUUUAUGAAUAAAAUAGGUUUUAGAAUUUAAAGGAUAUUUGGUUUGUUGCAUCACCAUGGUAAUGCAAUAGGAAUGCAGGGAUGUUUAAAGGUUUGAUGUUUAGUUGAAUGAAAAAAAUAUAUAUAUCGUGAGAG